GCCAGCGGAAGGGGACGGUGUGUGGGCUGGCUAGCUCUGGACAAAAGAAGAGGGCCACCCUGGGACAGCAGCUGCAGCCGUCGGCGGGGCAGAGUGCAGGUGGCCUGGCUGCUGUAGCUCCCAGGAGCUGCCCUGCCCUCCCCCAAACCUCCAGCCUCGUUCCUGCUCCAGGGCACCUCCAGUAGUUAACAGGUGGCUGUAGCAGACGGAAGUCGGACCCUGGGUGAGCCAAGGUCUCUUUCCGAGCUGGGCAUGGCCGACUCUGCACAGGCCCAGAAGCUGGUGUACCUGGUCACCGGGGGCUGCGGCUUCCUGGGGGAGCACGUGGUGCGAAUGUUGCUGCAGCGGGAGCCCCGUCUCGGGGAGCUGCGCGUCUUUGACCUACACCUGGGUCCCUGGCUGGAGGAGCUGAAGACAGGGCCUGUGAGGGUGACUGCCAUCCAGGGGGACGUGACCCAGGCCCACGAGGUGGCAGCAGCUGUGGCCGGAGCCCACGUGGUCAUCCACACAGCUGGGCUGGUGGAUGUGUUUGGCAGGGCCAGUCCAAAGACCAUCCAUGAGGUCAACGUGCAGGGCACCCGGAACGUGAUUGAGGCUUGUGUGCAGAAUGGAACACGGUUCCUGGUCUACACCAGCAGCAUGGAAGUUGUGGGGCCUAACACCAAAGGCCACCCCUUCUACAGGGGCAACGAGGACACCCCAUACGAAGCAGUGCACAGGCACCCCUAUCCUUGCAGCAAGGCCCUGGCCGAGUGGCUGGUCCUGGAGGCCAAUGGGAGGAAGGUCUGUGGGGGGCUGCCCCUGGUGACGUGUGCCCUUCGUCCCACGGGCAUCUACGGUGAAGGCCAUCAGAUAAUGAGGGACUUCUACCGCCAGGGCCUGCGCCUGGGGGGUCGGCUUUUCCGGGCCAUCCCGGCCUCUGUGGAGCAUGGCCGGGUCUAUGUAGGAAAUGUGGCCUGGAUGCACGUGCUGGCGGCCCGGGAACUGGAGCAGCGGGCGGCACUGAUGGGCGGCCAAGUGUACUUCUGCUAUGACGGAUCGCCCUACAAGAGCUAUGAGGACUUCAACAUGGAGUUCCUGGGCCCCUGCGGACUGCGGCUGGUGGGCGCCCGCCCGCUGGUGCCCUACUGGCUGCUGGUGUUCCUGGCCGCUCUCAAUGUCCUGCUGCAGUGGCUGCUGCGGCCGCUGCUGCUCUAUGCACCCCUGCUGAACCCCUACACGCUGGCUGUGGCCAAUACCACCUUCACUGUCAGCACUGACAAGGCUCAGCGCCAUUUCGGCUAUGAGCCCCUGUUCUCAUGGGAGGACAGCCGGACCCGCACCAUUCUCUGGGUACAGGCCACGGGGGGUUCAGCCCAGUGACGCAGGGCUGUGGCCUGGAGGCCCAUUGCAGCACAUCCACCCAGGUCCUGAGCCCUCACACAAGGCUGAAUUUCAGAGUGGAGGGAGGGCUCUAGGACUCAGAGCCCUUCACAUUUUUUUCUUUUUUUUUCAGACCAGGUCUGCCUCAGCCUCCUGAACAGCUGGGACACAGAUGCACACUACCACACCUGGCUUUUUUUUUUUUUUUUUUUUUUUGAGACAGGGUCUCACUGUAUUGCCCAGGCUAGUCUUGAACUCUUGGGCUCAAGUGAUCCUUUCAUCUGGGCCUCCCAAAGUGCUGGAACUACAGGUGUGAACCCCUGCGCCUGGCCCAAGCCCUCAUUUUCAAUCCCGGAGCCAUGAGUCUGUGUUGCGUCCUGACGCCUUUAAGUUCUAGGGCCGUCAGGACACAAGGGCAGGGUUUGGGGACAGGAGUGUCCAUCCUCCAUCCUCUCCAGGGCCAAUGGCUGCUUGGCCAGGGUCUGGUGCCCUGGCGACCUGCCCUGGCUCACUUCUGGCUUUGUGAGCAGGAAGAGAGCAGAGGCUCCCCUCCUGACAUCCACGGGCGACCUUCAGGCCUAGGUGCAGAGUGCAGAGGCGGCUCUGGUUCCUCCGGGCACCUAACCUCCCUCUUUGGGAGGUGAUGUUUCCAUUGCUUUUCCAAGGCCUCACCUUCGCCGUCUGUCUGAAUUCCCCUUUGGAGUGCUGCGGCCUCCCUCCGCUUUCACUUCCCACCUCUCUACCCAAGUUCCUUCCCGGCAGGUCGCCAGCCCUGUGGCUGGGGAUGCCCCCGAGCAUCUACAGUGAAGGCCAUGGAUGUUAUACCUGGCUGAGCCCGGAUUAAAAGCCUCGUCCAUGCCCAUG